AUGCGCAAUCUCAAAGGGGCGUUUUGCUCCAAUUAAUGGAGCCCUUUGUCCUACAGGUCCUUUCUGGUGGCUCAUUUCCGAAGACGCAUACAGAACAGAGACAGGCAGAAUGUUCCUCUCUCUCUGGAAGGCCGUGCUUCUGACCCUCUGAUCUUAGCGACAUGUGAGGUAGCAACUGAAGUUGGAGUCCCAGAGACCUGGGUACACGAUGCGAUGGUAUCAUCUGAAGGGCGGUCUACUAUGGAAUCCUCUAGUCUCUCAUAUGAUGGCACCUCUUUGGUUCGUCGUGUUCUGGGAGCCAUAGGUAGCUUCUUGUCCCCGUCACCGGCUGAGGAGCAGGCUACUGUUGCAUUGGUUGAUCAGUCCUUCGCUGACUCAAUGAGUAUUAUCAAGGCGAUUGCUUUUAGUCUUGAUCUCCCCACUCACUUGCCAGAAUCCUUUUAUACCAAACUGCCUUUUUGCCGUUCCAGUUCAAAUGACAAUCUUAAGUCCUUAAUGGAGGAGCUUGAGCUACUGACAUUUUAUAGUAAGUCCAAUGACUUCCUGAACGCGGUGGCACAAGCGGAAGUAUCGCUGGAGUUAGUGCAGCACGCAGUUGAAAAGUUGGAGAAUGUAGCCAUAUACCUACUAGCUGCCUACUUCCCCGUGGAUGGAUUGGUUGCUAGCACAGCCUCAGAUCUCAACCUCCUUCGCUGCCUGGAGGUGCCAGCAUCCCGCGACAUCACUCCUUUCCCCUCCUCUAAGCCCAAAGACCACCUCGUCCGCUUUGGCUAUUGUCAGUUCCAAUUCGCCUCUUUCCUUGCCAACCUCUCUCUCCUGCCUGAAGCCGUUGAUACCCUCUCCCAGCCUUGUCUGAAACCCUGGCUUGAAAUGUGGUCUACGUCACAGGACGUUCGGUUAUGCCUCCUUUCCUCCAAGAUCCAGCACAAUCUACUUGCUUACAAUUGGCUCAGUUCUAAAUACAGCAGCGCAGUGCAGGAUGAAGGGAAGGGUUUCGUUCCAAAUUUGCCCGACAACAAGAGACCGUGUUUUUACCUGCCCUCGUCGACGCUUUAUGAUGCUUCGAAGUCCUCACAAAAUAAAACCCUUCGCGACUCUCCCGUAAUUUAUGGACCAGAUGUAUUUCAGCUAGACAAACGGGAUGAUCGUCCGGAUUCAUCACCACCCAAAAUCGACAUUAUCUUUAUCAAUGGGAUGCUAGGCAGUGUGUUUCACACCUGGCGUCAACGCGACUCCAACGACGGGGCUGGUGAAAGCUUUUUGGAAAGUGGCGAAGAUUCGAGCAGCAGAAUUCACAAAUUGUCUCCCUCAUUCCCUGGCCAAAUCAGUUGCUGGCCUCAGGCUUGGCUAAGCGAGGAGUUCCCUGAAGCCCGUAUUCUGGGUGUCAAUGCAAAUUUGAGGCCUUUUAUUUGGAACCCUAUUUGUCCUGCAGAAAAGACCAAGCGCCGAAUUGAUCAAAGGGCUCGUGACAUUCUGCAUCAGCUUUUGCUAGCUGGUGUUGGCAGACGUCCAAUAAUCUGGGUUGCCCACUCUGCUGGCGGUAUACUUACCAAGGAGGUGCUGAAGCUCUCUGCCACUUGGAUUCCCGAGUCUUCUGCAACUAUCCUACCUUAUCACGAGAAGUCUUCGCACUCCUCUCUCCACGUGACGAACCUCGAAGCCCCUGUUGAUCAGCCCCUGCAUGCAGAUGAAUGCAUCGACCAUUCCUUCUCGGAUUCCGCUCUGCUCGAUUGUAGUACCGGCGAUGAGAUUAACGUCGGCACGAUCGUGACCUGUUCCGGCAUUGCCAUGGAAGCUCCCACUUCAGUGGCAAACCAAACCAAAGGCAUAAUCUUCCUUUCUGUGCCCCAUCGAGGGAACCAGUCGAUGAUGUUUCUUUACCAUUUUCCUAUGGUGUUCACGCUCACACCAGAGGCGAAACAGCUACAGCAAAAUAGCGCAUCGAUAAUGAGUCUGCACAACUGGUUCCUAGAGUGGGCCUCCAAAUGUCCGCUGCAGGUACUCAAUCUCGUCGAAGACCGAGAGACGGUAAUCAACCGAUGGUAUUCUGUGCACCUCGUUCAGUUUGAACCUCAAGACACUGAGUUUUCGGAAGUGGUUCUUGUUGAUACUGAUCAUACCAACAUCUGCAAGCCAAGGAAUCGACAGGAUGCCGUAUAUGUGAGAGUCACUGACUUUAUUCGUCGCCUGAUGGAAUCCUCCUAG